AUGAACACUAUCACAUGGUCUAGCGCAUCUAUCAACAUUGCGCUUGACAUUUGGAUCUUGGCUAUUCCUCUUUCACAAUUGAAGAAGAUGAAUUUGGAUUCGAGGAAGAAAAUUGGCGUAGGUAUUAUGUUUAGCAUUGGCAUUAUCGUCACCAUAAUGAGCAUCCUUCGGCUUACCGCCACCAUCCGAGCGGGCACAGGGAUGGGCUCAAAUAACCCGACAUGGGAAUACCUUGCUGUUACCAAAUGGUCUACUAUCGAAUGCAGCGUCGGAAUUAUGUGCGCCUGCAUGCCCUCUCUCCGUAUGCUUCUCGUCCAAAUCUUCCCCAAGGUGUUUGGCACAUCUCGGCGCGGCUACCAAGCCUAUGAUAAGUAUGGCAGCAACAAGCCUACUAAUGGAGGUACGAAUGCAAGCCGAUCCCGUUUGCGAGCACAAUUUGGUACAACUUCUCAUGUCGACAAAACACCUCCAUCAAGUAUCGACCCUGUUGGUAUUACUUGCAACCGCACAUAUGAGGUGGAAUAUGGCCAAACGGAUGAGAUGCAUCUUGUGCCUAUGAGGGAUAUAGACAUGGGCUGGCAUGGUGAAAGGUCUCAAACGUCUCAGGCAUGA